GCUGUGUGCGGAGCAAAUGCGCAGCGCUCCUAUAAAAGUCUUAUUUUAACUUUAAACUGAGUGUAUGGUCAACUGCGCCUUUGUAGAUCUUGUUAAUGAAAUAUUACUAAGUGUCCGGAGUGGCCAGUUUAUUCUAGGUUAUUCUGAGUAAUUCCAAGAACACCCUUCAACAUGCCUGAAAAUCCUGCAGCAGAUAAACAGCAGGUGCUGCAGAUCCUUGACCGUCUGCAAGCAAAACUCCAUGAAAAGAGAGAUGCUCCACAUAAUGAAAACCUGACUGUUCUGCGUAACACGCUCAGGAGCCCUUUGUUCAACCAGAUUCUGACUCUCCAGCAAUCCAUCAAGCAGCUGAAGGAACAACUUAAUUACAUGCCUCCGGACCGUUCGAUAGAGUUUGAUUUUACCAAGAGAGGGCUCCUGGUGUUUGCUGACAAAUCAGUUACAAAUGGGAGCUUGUGCAAACCUUGCAAUUUGUCUGAAYCCAGAGCAUCUCCUGUCAUGACAAACCUAGAAGUUAAUGAAUUUAACACAAUCAUCCAACAGAUGGCAAAGGGCAGACAAAUAGAAUCAAUAAAGAUAGAAAAGCCUUCUGUUGGAGGUCUUGGAUUUAGUGUGGUUGCCCUUAAAAACCAUAGUUUGGGAGAAGUUGGUAUCUUUGUCAAGGAAGUGCAGCCAGGAGGCAUAGCUGACAGGGAUCAAAGACUAAGGGAAAAUGACCACAUACUGGCCAUUAAUUGCACCCCAUUGGAUCGGAGCGUUUCCCAUCAGCACGCCGUUGCGCUCCUGCAGCAAUCCACGGGAUCCCUGCAUCUGGUUGUUGCUAGGGAGCCAACUCAAGGAAACAGCAGAACUUCGGCCCUCUUACCCAGCGAUGCAAAUCCACCUGAGACUAUUCAUUGGGGCCACAUCGAAGACGUUGAGCUGAUUAACGACGGUUCGGGAUUAGGCUUUGGAAUUGUAGGAGGAAAGUCGAGUGGUGUGGUUGUACGAACAAUUGUUCCUGGGGGAUUGGCAGACCGGGAUGGGCGGCUGCGGACAGGAGAUCACAUCCUACAGAUUGGUGGGACCAAUGUUCAGGGAAUGACGAGCGAACAAGUUGCCCAAGUGCUGAGAAACUGUGGGAACUCUGUUAGGAUGGUAGUUGCAAGAGACCCGAAGGGUGAAAUUGCAGAGACUCCACCAGCCCCUUUGAGCUGGCCGGUUACUGCRUUACCCUCCUUUCAAAAUGGGAAUGAUAAUAACGACCUUUUUGAGACCUAUGAUGUUGAACUUGUCAAAAAGAAUGGGCAAAGCCUUGGGAUAACAAUUGUCGGAUAUGCUGGCAUGUGCGAUACAGAACCUUCAGGGAUUUUCGUGAAAAACAUAAUACCAGGUAGUGCUGCUGACCAUAAUGGCCAAAUUCAAGUUCAUGACAAAAUUGUUGCUGUUGAUGGAGUUAAUAUUCAGGAUUAUACCAACCAAGAAGUGGUGGAGGCCUUGCGUAACACAGGGCAGACCGUGCGCCUUACCUUGCUUAGAAGGAAACUUUCUUCUGCUACUCCUUCAUCAGAAAGACCAUUGGAUAGAGGAGGAGUCCCAUUCUCUGCAGCAUGUGAGCAGAAAUCCAAGUGGGAAAGCCUACUGGGACCUGAUUAUGAAGUUAUGGUUGUGAAUGUGGAUAUGCCCAUUACAGAUGAUUCAGAGCUCCAGAAGUACUCCAAGCUAUUACCAAUCCACACCUUGAGAUUAGGAGUUGAGCUUGACACUUUCAAUGGACAUCAUUACAUAUCAUCCAUUGCUUCAGAUGGYCCAGCUGCAGCACUUGGCCUUCUGCGACUGGAGGAUGAACUGCUGGAGGUAAAUGGAGUUGAGCUGCGUGGGAAAUCGCGGCGCGAGGCGGUCACUUUCCUAAAGGAAGUGCCACCUCCCUUCACCCUCGUUUGCUGCCGGCGCCUUUUUGAUGACGGCAACGAGUCUCUUGUUGAUGAGCCAAGURCAAGGGUUUUGCCUCCCGAACAAAAGGUGAAGCCUGAGGAAGGCAUUAAUCCUGAGGAGGAGGAAGGGGAAUUAGCCUUAUGGUCUCCUGAUGUGAAGGUUAUUGAACUGGAGAAAGACAAAAAUGGUUUGGGAUUCAGCAUUUUAGAUUAUCAGGAUCCCUUGGAUCCCAUGAGAACAGCCAUUGUGAUCAGCUCUUUGGUGGCAGGUGGAGUAGCUGAGCGUGGAGGGGAACUUCUACCAGGUGACCGCUUGGUUUUUGUAAAUGACAAGUCUUUGGACAGAGCCACUUUAGCAGAGGCAGUGGAAGUGUUGAAAUCUGUACCACCAGGUACAGUUUCUCUUGGAAUCUGCAAACCUUUGGUGGGAGAAAGCAAAGAUGACACAUGCAACAUGGAUCCCAGCAAUAUUAAAACCACCACUAGAUCUCCAGAACCAUCAGUAGAUAAUUUCUCAAUAAUACUUGAAGCACCACAGGGCUUCAGAGAUGAAACACCUUUUAAAGAAGAGCUUGUUGAUGAUCCAAUUUUGGAUUUAGGAAGGUCAUUUCAGCUUCCUCAAAAGGAUAUGGAGUACGAGAAGGAGUCCUGGGAAAUGCAUGAAUUUCUGAAACCUAGAACAGAAGUAGAUGAAGAGCGGGAGAUGUUGGUAGAUGACGAGUAUGAAGUAGAUUCUGACUUCAUGAAAUACGACGUGUCUAGUGGACAGAAGGCAACUUCAGAAGACCUUGGCUCUACAGAGCAAUGGGCAAAGAAACUUGAGAUGCAUACAAUGCAAGACAUAAGAUCUGGUGUUGACUUCAGUCAAAAACAGUCUCUGGAAUAUCCCCUCAAUAAAGAGCUGGCGUAUGAAGAAAAUGCAAGUGUAAGUUCAAGAUCUUCUGGAACCACAGCAGACAGCAGCUAUCAGACAAGCAUUUUUGAUACUGAAAUUAUGCAGCCGGGAGCAAAGAACAAGAUGGAUUUAGGCACAAAGCUUCAGUUUGACUCAAAGGUACCUGCCCUUCCUGUUGAUCCAGAAGCGACUGAAAAGGAACUAAAAGAAGACAAUUCUAUUGUUUCUAAGAAUCAGGAAUAUGGAAGGGGAACUGCCUUACCUCAAUCUAGAACAGCAUUGUACAGUGAGUUACCUGAGAGAGAAGAAGGAGAAGGAGAAGAAACUCCCAACUUCAGCCAUUGGGGACCACCACGGACCGUUGAAAUCUUUCGAGACCCUCACGUGUCUCUUGGAAUCAGUAUUGUUGGUGGACAAACUGUCAUAAAGCGCCUGAAGAAUGGAGAGGAACUUAAAGGGAUCUUUAUCAAACAUGUCUUGGAAGACAGCCCAGCAGGAAGAACAAGGGCUUUAAAAACUGGAGAUAAAAUACUUGAGGUUUCUGGAGUGGACUUGCAAAAYGCCACACAUGAGGAAGCAGUAGAAGCUAUCAAGAAUGCAGGGAAUCCUGUUGUGUUUGUCGUCCAGAGCUUGUCCAACAUGCCAAAAGUGGCUUCUGCUGUGCAGCCUAAGGGGACCAAAGCACAGGAUGCAGACAAAGAAAAUAAGAAUGAAAAGAGAAAAUAUGGGGCUCCACCUCCAAUGAAGCUGCCCCCUCCGUACAGAGCACUCGAAAGAUGGCACUCGGAGGAAGCUAAUGUGGAUGAGGAGGAGGAAGCUUGUGCAGAGAAAAAAAUUAGGCAAAGAUAUGCAGACCUACCAGGAGAGUUGCACAUUAUUGAGCUUGAGAAAGACAAGAAUGGGCUUGGACUGAGUCUUGCGGGCAACAAGGACCGAUCUCGCAUGAGCAUCUUUGUAGUUGGCAUCAAUCCCGAUGGACCUGCAGGCCGAGAUGGAAGGAUGCACAUUGGCGAUGAGCUUUUAGAGAUAAAUAAUCAGAUAUUGUAUGGAAGAAGUCACCAGAAUGCUUCUGCAAUAAUUAAGACUGCCCCAUCAAAGGUCAAGCUAGUUUUCAUACGAAAUGAAGAUGCAGUCAAUCAGAUGGCUGUUACACCUUUCCCAUUGCCUUCCAGCUCUCACUCUUCUAUUGAGCCUGUUGCAGUAGUUAAGGAUCAUGGUAGUGCUGAACCUGCGAACAGCGAAGAAGACACCACCUUGGAAGUUGUCAUGAAAAGUUUGACUGAUGAGGAAUCCAUCAAAGCUGAUGUGAAGUACAAAGUUGCGAAACCAUCAUUGGGAGAUCAGCAGGAAGUGGAGGAGCAGCUCCCAGAAAAUGUCAUCAACCAGAUCAAGCAAUCCAAGUCUUCAGCAAAAGUACCRGUCAGCUUGCAGGAGAUACCCCUGGUGCCAGCACCUACUUACCUUUCUCCAGAGGCAGAAGUCAACAGCCAUAACUUCUUUCCACCUCCGAUGCCUGUGGAUCCAGCAACUUGUCCUAUCAUUCCGGGGCAGGAGAUGACUAUAGAGAUAUCCAAGGGUCGAUCAGGCCUCGGUCUCAGCAUCGUUGGAGGGAAAGACACUCCUCUGGACGCCAUCGUCAUCCACGAGGUCUACGAGGAAGGGGCGGCCGCCAGGGACGGCAGGCUCUGGGCCGGGGACCAGAUUCUUGAGGUGAACGGGAUCGAUCUGCGGAAUGCCAACCACGAAGAAGCGAUCACGGCGCUGAGGCAGACCCCRCAGAAGGUGCAAUUGGUUGUCUACAGGGAUGAAGCUCAUUACAAAGACGAAGAAAACUUGGAGAUAUUCCACGUAGAUAUACAAAAGAAAACGGGUCGAGGGCUAGGCCUCAGCAUAGCUGGGAAACGAAAUGGAAGUGGAGUGUUUAUCUCUGACAUUGUUAAAGGAGGAGCUGCAGACCUAGAUGGAAGAUUAAUUCAAGGAGAUCAGAUUUUGUCUGUUAAUGGGGAGGAUAUGAGAAAUGCCUCACAAGAGACUGUUGCCACUAUACUUAAGUGUGCCCAAGGCCUGGUGCAUCUUGAGCUGGGGAGGCUGCGAGCUGGAUCAUGGCUGUCGUCACGGAAAACACCCCAGAACAGCCAGGCAACGCAGCAGAGCGUCCACAGCCACUUCCGUCCCGCGCUGGCCCCGGUCCUCUCCACCCUGCAGAAUUUUGUCAGCACCAAGAGGUCUCCGGCGGACGCGGCGCAGAGGGGCUCAGGAGGAGCAGAUAUGAGCCCGAGGACUGUGGAGAUAACAAGGGGACCAAAUGAUGCCCUCGGGAUCAGUAUAGCAGGAGGAAAAGGAAGCCCAUUAGGAGAUAUCCCCAUCUUCAUUGCUAUGAUUCAAGCCAGUGGUGUGGCUGCUCGGACCCAGAGACUCAAGGUUGGAGAUCGGAUUGUCAGUAUUAAUGGGCAACCUUUGGAUGGGCUGUCUCAUGCAGAUGCUGUUAAUCUACUAAAGAAUGCUUAUGGGAGCAUUAUCCUGCAGGUUGUGGCCGACACGAACAUCAGCGCCGUGGCUGCCCAGCUGGAGAGCCUGUCGGCGGGAUGCAGCCCGCGCGCCGCCGCGGAGCAGCCUGCCCAGGAGCCGCAAGCACCUCAACCUAAGAUUAUUACUUUGGAGAAAGGCUCUGAUGGACUGGGAUUUAGUAUUGUAGGGGGGUAUGGAAGUCCCCAUGGAGACCUGCCCAUUUAUGUCAAGACURUAUUUGCCAAGGGCGCAGCCGCGGCCGACGGCCGACUGAAGCGCGGCGACCAGAUCCUGGCGGUGAACGGGGAGGCUCUGGACGGCGUCACCCACGAGCAGGCCGUGGCCGUGCUCAAGCACCAGGCGGGCGCCGUGACGCUCCACGUGCUCUCGUGAGCGCCGGGGUCGCCGCGGCC